AAAUAUUUAUAUCAUAUAAAACUACGUCCAUCACACUUAACACACAUACAAAAAAGCUAACAUAUAAUACCAAAAUAAAAAAAAAUACAAAGUUACACAUUAAAAGUCUAUAAUAGAGGGACCAACUGGUAAGUAAAAAAUUGUGAAGUAGUGUACUUGUUAUAGUUGUAUCUCAUGUCAGAUCCAACAACCAAACCAAAUCAAACUACCAAGUCCACAAUUAAACUUUUCACAAGAUGGAGCGGUUUAACAAACACCAUUUCCCAUUGCAUACAUUAAUCAAUUUACUCACACCUCUCUCUUUCUCUUCAGUUUCUUCAUACCUUGAAAAUUGAAUCCUAAUAUCCUCUUAUGGGAAACCAUAUCUCUUUUCAUUCCACCAUCAAAAUCAUUCACUAUAACGGUUUAAUUCAAAAAUUUGACCAACCAUUAACAGUGGCAGAGCUCAUGUUAGAACACCCAAAACAUGUUGUUGUUGAUUUCCAUUCAGCACUUAACCAAAAAAGACCAACACCAUUACCAGCCGACAAGAACCUAGACAUGAACAAAACAUAUGUAAUGGUUCCCGUGAAACCCGGAAAGCCUGUCGGAUUAAGCGUGGAAGAGUGUCGUCGAGUUCUUUCCAUCGUUGAGUCUUCGAUGAAUUCCGAUUAUUUCAUGUGCUCUCAAGGCUUUCUUCCUUGGCUUGUAAGGUUUUUGAAGAAAAAGAGUGUUGUAAUUGGAGAAGGUGAAACAACAUUAAAGAUAAUGGAAGAAGAAAGGUUUGAUUUUUGUGAGUUUUUGCCAGAGAUGAUGGAAGAGAGAGCCGAGUAUAUGAGUAAGCAAUUAUCGGGUAAAGGGUGGAAGCCUUGUUUGGAUACCAUUAAGGAAAAUAAGGUUAAGAAAAACCUACCUUCUUGGUUGUUUCUUACAACUUUUACUGCUACAAAUAUUUGAAUUAAGUUUAAGUGAAAAUGUUGCUUUAAGUUUAUUGGUUUUAAUUCAGUAAUUUUAUUUAGGAAUUUGGAUUUCUACCUAAUCACCGAAUUUAAGCAUUUGGGACAUUGUAGUACUAGGUAGAUUAAAAUUCAACUGUUCAAAACAUUGCGUAUUUUAAUUUUUAUCUUGUAAUUUAAAAUAAUGAUAAAUAAUAUCGUAAUUUCAUAUA